AUGGGCGAUGUCUCAGCACCGAUGGUAGUGUUGAAUGCCCACGAUGAUUUCGACAAUGCAGAGCCCCCAUCCCAGGACAUCUCUGCUAGAGGCAUCAACCCCGCGAAACUGACCUCUUUACUGAGGGACAAGUUUGGAAGCGGCUCAUACAAUGUGCAUACGCCUAUCAGUGACAGAAAUAGCCCAAUGUGCCUGAAUGCUGGUUACAGCAAAGACCAUGCCGCUCACUGGAACCCUUGUACACGUUGCGUCAUUCAACCACGAUUGCUUUCUUUCCGAACACGUCAUCUGCAAACCAUUUCGAGGAGGACUAUGAUCAUAGGUUUCCUCGGUCUCAUAUUAGAUUCACUAUCAGAAUACAUAUUCGCAUUUACUUCUUAG